AUGGUGGUAAGUCUUAUAAAUUCCACAGCUUUACAAGCGUAUUCCGUGUUUUUAGCUACCGCUUUCCCUUCUCAAGACGGCUCAGAACCAUCCGAUGCUCGUUGAGCUAAAGAACGGAGAAACGUACAACGGACACUUGAAGGCUUGUGAUGCCUGGAUGAACAUUCAUCUGAUGGAUGUCAUCUUCACUUCCAAAGUAGGUUUUUCGUCGUUACAACCAUAAAUUCGACGAAUUGUUAUUUUUAAAUGGCGACCAACUUUAAGCAAAUUUAUAGGACGGAGACAAGUUCUUCAAAAUGUCGGAGGCCUACAUCCGCGGAUCCACAAUCAAAUACCUUCGAAUCCCAGAAACCGUAAGUACCUGGCUUUCUCGGAACCAACAUUACAUUCCCCAUCACUUCAGGUCGUCGAUCUCGUCAAGACUGAAGUGAACGAGGUGCGUCGUCAACAGCAGAGGGAGCAGUCCCGUGGAAGAGGCGGUGGCCGUGGAGGGCGCGGAGGACACCGUGGAGGCAGAGGUGGCGGACGUGGCGGAGCUCGAUAA